CCAUAGUCCCUCCCCCUCUCUCUGACACACAGACACUGUCACAUCCCCCCCUCCUCCUGCUGCCUCUCACACACACUCUCUCUCUCUGUGUUGUCAUUCUGCUGCUGCUGCCACCCCCCACUCCGUCCCCAGCAGCAGCAGCAGCAGCAGCAGCAGCGGCUCCGUGCCCCAGGACCUCCUCAUUCCAUGCGACUGCACAGCACACCCGACAAGAUCUGUUUUUAUGAUUUUUUUGGAAAAUAGACUUCACUUCAGUUUUGCAGACUUAACCAGAAGACGCUAUCACAACCCAGGAUCAUUGUGAAGACCAACGCAGAGUGGUUCUUUGUUUGCGGCUAACUCAGGGGAUGCAACAUGACCUCCGCUGUGGUGGAUGGUGGAGGAUCAGCAGGGAACUUUGUCAGCAAUGGGGUGGAAAAUCCAGAGCAGGAAGAUGUUCAGAUAACUGAGUAUCCUGCUGUCAUCGUGGAGCCUGUUCCUAGUGCCCGUCUGGAGCAGGGGUAUGCUGCCCAGAUUCUGGUGUACGAUGAUGAGACCUUCAUGAUGCAAGAUGUAGCAGGGGAGCAAGAAAUUGAGACUGAAGUCGUGGAGAUAGUUGAGGCAUCUGUACACGGUAGCAAUGUCCACUGCACAGACAAGACCAUCGAGGCAGCAGAGGCUCUGCUACACAUGGAGUCUCCCACCAUCCUGCGGGACUCCAGGAGCCCAGUGGAAGUUUAUGUACCACAAUGUGUAUCCACGCCAGAGUUCAUCCAUGCUGCCAUGAGGCCAGAUGUCAUCACAGAGACUGUGGUGGAAGUAUCCACUGAGGACUCCGAGCCAAUGGAUACCUCUCCCAUCCCGAUAUCUCUUGAACUGGGAGAGCCAAUGAAGAAAAAGAGAGCUGGCCGUAAACCAAAGAUGCAGCCACCUACAUUUGCCAAUGGCUCCCCUGAUUUGGGAAUGAAGAAGAAACCAAGGGAAGGCAAAGGAAAUACGACUUAUCUGUGGGAGUUUCUGUUAGACUUGCUUCAGGAUAAGAAUACUUGUCCCAGAUAUAUCAAGUGGACACAAAGGGAGAAGGGUAUCUUCAAGCUUGUGGACUCCAAAGCAGUUUCAAAACUUUGGGGGAAGCACAAGAACAAACCGGAUAUGAACUACGAGACUAUGGGGCGAGCUUUGAGAUAUUACUAUCAGAGGGGAAUUUUAGCAAAAGUGGAGGGUCAACGGCUGGUGUACCAGUUCAAAGAGAUGCCCAAAAACAUUGUGGUCAUAGAAGAUGACAAAGGGGAAACCUGCACAGAAGAGCUGGUGUCUCCUGACGACAAAUCUCUGGAACGCGUGUCUAUACCCACAGAGGGUUUAAUCAAAAUGACAAUGCCAGCCCGUAUGGAGAAAAACCCCACACAGCAGAGCUCGCCCAGGAAGCCAAGAUUGGUCAGCUUGGCUUCUCCUGUGAGCGAGGCAUCUCCUCAGUCGCCCACCAGCACCACAUCAACCCCAGCACAGAGGACUGUUCGUGUUGCAAUGCAAGUGCCUGUUGUGAUGACGUCCCUGGGUCAGAAAAUUUCCGCUUUGGCCGUCCAAUCCAUGAACCCUGGAUCCCCCCUGAUAGCCAAUACCAGCCCUACAACUACAUCAGCUCCAAAGGUUGUGAUCCAGACAAUACCUACUAUGAUGCCAGCUUCCUCAGAAAGUGAUAAGUUCACGGUGCAGCCUGCCAAAAUAAUUACCAUCCCAACCUCUCAGCUCACCCAGUGUCAGCUGCAGACAAAGGCCAACUUAAGUGGAGCAGGGGGCUUGAAUCUGUUGGGAACCCCACUGACUGUGAGAGCACUUACUCCUGUGUCCAUCGCCCAUGGGACUCCAGUAAUGAGACUAGCAAUGCCAGCACAGCAAGCUCGGUGCCAGACACCACCUCGGGUCAUUAGCACCCUCAUUAAAGGACCAGACAUGAAAUCGGACAUAGUGGUGAGCAGGCAGGAUGGUGAAUUUAAAACAUUUCAGCUGGUUAAAGAAGACAAAGCGUCGGAUGGGGGCAACACAGUAACUCAUGUGGUUGUAGUAAGCUCCCCCUCCGGGAUUACCUUGCCAGUGACUGUCAAACAAGAAGGCACAGUGGUGUGUGACAAGUGAGAAGCGUUUCACAGACACGUUGUGAGCUUUGGGUCAAACUGACAAUAAAUGAAAUACAGGAUAAAUUAACUUUAUAUGGAGGGGAGAACAAGUGGUUUAAGUCCGAGGAGACUUUAAAGGAAGCGAUAUAAACUGUGUAAUUGCGGCAUUUAAAUGAAACAGACAUUUUACUGGAAAUGAUUGUCUCAUGUUUUCAGUGGGAUAUUUGUUCAUAUGCUGAUGGGAAUAUUGCCUCUUAACAACACAAAUAAAAUGAUAGCUAUGGAAAAUAGGAAAACUGAAAGGGACCAAAGCAUUUGCUAUAAGUAAGGUGGAACACUAAAGGUUUAUUUUUAAAAGUGGCUGUUUGUUUUCCCAAAGUAGAAAAGCAAAGAUUAGGUCAAAGUGACUAUUGUAAAUUAUAACUUUUUUCUAAAGUUUUUUUUUGUAAUUAUUAUUUGUUUAUAUAUACAGUAUACAUAAUUUUUUUAAUACCAGCAACUUAUACCACUGUGUACAAAUAGCCCUCACGUAACCGGUGCUAUGUGAAAGCUUUGCUAGACCAGUAUGAAGCGUGGUGUGUGCAAGAGACUCCCUUUUCAGUUAAUGAAGCGCAAAGUGCUAAUGAGAUUUGGGUUACUAGAAAGCAGAUUUCAUACGGAAGCCUUAGAUGGAUUCAAUUUUAUUUUUCUUUAAAAUAAGCUAACAGCUUGUUUGUGUAAAGCAAUCUUUUUAUAUAUGAAUAUAUUAUAGAAAAUAUGGAGAGAGAAAAAACAAACCUUGUACCUAGCACAGUAUUGGCAUAGAAUUUACAUGUAACAUUUUAUAUGGUCGAUUCAACUCUGAAAUGUUUUUUGCUAAGACCUUAAUGUGUCUGGGAUGGUCUGAAAGCGUAUGGAGCUGCAAACUGUUAUGUCACAUAAGGGUAAAGUGGAGGCAUGAUGGCAGCAGGCAAGCAAGCCUUUUACUGUCACAUGCUUUGGUCACACAGGAUCCAUGCAUACAUUUCAAUUUCCGCUAUCUGUGUGACAGGUCACCGCACGCAUGAGUCCGUUUGUUGGCAACUAAGGAGUUUGAAGUCUGCUAUAUAUAUUUUUUUUUUUAGUUGGAAGUUUUGAUGGGGGACAGUUUAGGGGAGGGGUUGGGGAUUAAGUACCAGUGUUCAGAAUGAACUACAAUAGUUUGUAUAUUCAACAUUUGAAGUAUAUUCUAUUUUGUUGUACUCUUGUUUCAAAGUGUAUUCGAGUAGAUUUUACUGCAAUAUAGAAAAUGACUUUGA